AUGUCCGUGGAUGUGAUGAAGGUCGUCACGGCUGAAAGAAUGGCAGGAUCAGCUAUGUACGAGCUUGUUCGAGUUGGUCAUCACGAGCUGGUCGGAGAAAUUAUUCGUCUUGAAGGGGACAUGGCCACAAUUCAGGUGUACGAAGAAACUUCCGGAGUGACGGUCGGAGAUCCGGUGCUCCGAACCGGAAGCCCAUUGUCUGUCGAACUGGGCCCUGGUAUCAUGGGGGCCAUUUUCGACGGAAUUCAGCGACCAUUGAAGGACAUUUGCGACAUUGUCGACAGCAUUUACAUCCCGAAAGGAAUCAACGUGCCUUGCUUGUCUCGGGAUCUUAAUUGGGAAUUCCAGCCUUCCAAGCUGAGAAUUGGAAGUCACGUCACGGGUGGCGACAUUUUCGGCUUGGUCCAGGAGAACACUUUGAUCAAGCACAAGGUCAUGUUGCCACCGCGUGCCAAGGGUACCAUCACUUACAUGGCACCUCCAGGCAACUACACCACCAACGACGUGCUGCUCGAAACUGAUUUCCACGGCGAAAUGUUGUUUAUGUGGUGCGUGCAAGGAGGUACCACAGCCAUCCCGGGGGCUUUCGGCUGUGGCAAGACUGUGAUCUCGCAGUCCCUGUCCAAGUACUCCAACUCCGACGUCAUCGUCUACGUGGGGUGCGGGGAACGAGGCAAUGAAAUGGCGGAGGUCUUGCGAGAUUUCCCCGAACUCUCCGUGGAAAUCGACGGGAAAGUCGAGUCCAUCAUGAAGAGAACUGCCUUGGUGGCCAACACGUCCAACAUGCCCGUGGCUGCUCGAGAAGCCUCCAUUUACACUGGCAUCACCCUGUCGGAAUACUUCCGAGACAUGGGCUACAACGUGUCCAUGAUGGCCGACUCGACGUCGCGUUGGGCCGAGGCCCUCCGAGAAAUCUCGGGUCGUCUGGCAGAAAUGCCCGCCGAUUCCGGGUACCCGGCCUACUUGGGUGCCCGUCUGGCCAGCUUCUACGAAAGAGCAGGAAAAGUGCGGUGCAUCGGCAACCCGGAACGCGAGGGUUCCGUGUCAAUCGUGGGCGCCGUGUCGCCGCCCGGAGGCGAUUUCUCCGACCCUGAGUGUAGGCGGCGUUGUCAACUGNCCCUGUCCAAGUACUCCAACUCCGACGUCAUCGUCUACGUGGGGUGCGGGGAACGAGGCAAUGAAAUGGCGGAGGUCUUGCGAGAUUUCCCCGAACUCUCCGUGGAAAUCGACGGGAAAGUCGAGUCCAUCAUGAAGAGAACUGCCUUGGUGGCCAACACGUCCAACAUGCCCGUGGCUGCUCGAGAAGCCUCCAUUUACACUGGUAAGUAUAGGGUUGCUGCCAGGUCAUCCAAGGCAAUUCCGCCAUUUUCAUCAACAGCCGCCUUCACAGCCGCCACAUUGGCCGCCACUCUGGCGGCUGUGAAGGCGGCUGUCAAUGAAAAUGGCGGUCUUGAAAUAAUGAAACCAGAAAACAAGUUUAAAUUAGUCCAAUUGCACAAAUCAGGCAUCACCCUGUCGGAAUACUUCCGAGACAUGGGCUACAACGUGUCCAUGAUGGCCGACUCGACGUCGCGUUGGGCCGAGGCCCUCCGAGAAAUCUCGGGUCGUCUGGCAGAAAUGCCCGCCGAUUCCGGGUACCCGGCCUACUUGGGUGCCCGUCUGGCCAGCUUCUACGAAAGAGCAGGAAAAGUGCGGUGCAUCGGCAACCCGGAACGCGAGGGUUCCGUGUCAAUCGUGGGCGCCGUGUCGCCGCCCGGAGGCGAUUUCUCCGACCCUGUCACAUCCGCCACCCUGGGUAUCGUCCAAGUGUUUUGGGGACUGGACAAAAAGCUGGCCCAGCGGAAACACUUCCCGUCUCUCAACUGGCUCAUUUCCUACAGCAAAUACACCCGUGCUUUGGACGACUUUUACGACAAGAACUACCCGGACUUUGUUCCCUACCGCACCAAGGUCAAGUCCAUUCUGCAAGAGGAAGAAGAUCUUGCUGAAAUUGUGCAGCUUGUCGGCAAAGCGUCUUUGGCAGAGGCGGACAAAGUCACUUUGGAAGUUGCCAAGCUGAUCAAGGACGAUUUCCUUCAGCAGAACGGUUAUUCGGCGUAUGACAGAUUUUGUCCCUUCUACAAGACCGUGGGAAUGAUCAAGAACAUCGUGGCAUUCUACGACCUGGCCAGACACGCAGUGGAGUCCACGUCUCAAAACGAGAACAAGAUCACGUGGAACAUGAUCAGGGAAUCCCUGGGCAACAUCCUGUACCAACUCUCGUCCAUGAAAUUCAAGGAUCCCGUCAAAGACGGCGAGCAGAAAAUCAAGGCAGACUACGACGAACUGAACGAGCAAAUGCAACAAGCCUUCCGGAAUUUGGAGGACAUAUUUUGUCCCUUCUACAAGACCGUGGGAAUGAUCAAGAACAUCGUGGCAUUCUACGACCUGGCCAGACACGCAGUGGAGUCCACGUCUCAAAACGAGAACAAGAUCACGUGGAACAUGAUCAGGGAAUCCCUGGGCAACAUCCUGUACCAACUCUCGUCCAUGAAAUUCAAGGAUCCCGUCAAAGACGGCGAGCAGAAAAUCAAGGCAGACUACGACGAACUGAACGAGCAAAUGCAACAAGCCUUCCGGAAUUUGGAGGACAUGUGA